UAUGCGUUUAACGCUCGUUGAUGCGGAUACAGCAGUUUAAACGGUCGCGCUUCAGUAGUGGUAGUUUUGGUGCUGAUAACAGGAAUAAUGUGAUUAUAGCUCUGAGUAGCGAAAGCCAAGAAAGUGAUAAGCGGUUAUAUCAGAGGGGAUUCGGUUCUUACUGUGGCUGAUGUACAGUGUGUUACACUAGUGAGUGGCAUGCAUGCUGAUAUUUGAUUUACACGUGGAAUACGCACUUUCGAUCCAGUAUCGUAAACUUUUCUCGCAAGGUCGCACGGUGUCUAGUGCCAGUGGAACAAGUAUAAAUAAUUACCAAUUAACAACCACGACUUGGGAAGACGGUGGCCAAUAUAGCAGUUUUUCCUUUCCGUCUUGUUGGUGUUGUUUAGGUGAAUGCGAAUGACCCGAUUUCAUGGUUUUCACUGCUCGCGCUAGUGUUUUCCAAAGCCUGUUCGUGGCGGUUAGAAGGCAUUCGCUGUGCAUGCAAAGAUGUGAAUGGUAAACGGUAUAGAAAAAAAAACUCACGUACACAUACACGCGGUAAAGCAAUUCAUAUCUCUUCAAACCGUAAUCUGUAGAAGUUAAACUGUGGCGAAUCAUUGGAACAACAAAUUAAAUUCCUUCCCCUUGAAAACCCCAUACUGAAAUAGAGAGUGUAAAAUCACAGUUGGAAACGUCCGGUGAAAAUAUGUUUACCGUCGCUGGGUCGCUGCCUGCCUAGGAGGCCGAAACCCCUCUUCCGAGGUAUCGUGUGAAUAUCAGAACAGGAUGGAAAUUGUUGUUGUGUGCAAUGGAGUGAAAGCAGACCAAUUAUUGUACACCUGUGUGGAAAGUGAAAAGCAGCGGGAUAGGUUUUGCCGCUUGUGGUUUAAGCAUUGUUGAACGAGAGUGGAAGAUUUGCCGACGCAGCGCCUAGUAGAUUGUCCUGGCCGAGGCAAACUGUCUAGUUUAAGCAUUCUUUCCACUUCAGUGAUAUACAUCGUCGAAGCAAAAUCGGGACAAUUUUUUAGUGGCCAGAACGGCAUGUAUGUGCAAUUCUGAAACAACGAAUCGAGCUGCUGUGAGUUUUGUCGCCCACAAGCAAAUAAACCGGAAAAGGAGAAACCGACAACAGACAACGACACACACAGCCUAAGCCGGUCCGAAAGCCUAGAAUUAUACCCACUUUGUUGGCUUCCUGGUAUGGUGAAGAGCACCAAAAUUCAUUCCGUUUUGUUGCCGCUUAGAUAUCCGUUCAGCAUUGUCCCUCGUAAUAAUCGUGGACGUUUCGUGCUGCUGGGAACCAAAUCCCCGACCAGCUUGGGAAGAAGAUCCAUAAAUCGGUGCGGUUAGACAAUCCAAAAGCGGUUGACCGUAGGAUAACAGCAGUGGCAAGCAUCACUCACACGACAGAUCAUCUGAGGUGAUUAUUAAAUGCUAAGUCCACACAUCCGAGUCUCUGUCCCGACGUUCGACAAAGACUAGCGGCGUACUGUAGACUCGAGCUAGAUGGUUGUCACCGGUGCAGCGAUUGGAUUGCGCUUUCUGCACCUGCACUGCUGUGAUGUUUGAUGAAGAGUUAGCACAAAAAAGGCGCAACCCGGAAAACAGCCUUUUGUGGGGAAACAAACAAUUGCGGUACUCAAAUUGAACCAACCACGGACGUGGUGCCUCCACCUGCAGGAAAACCACUCGGAAGCAAUUUCCGCCGCCAGUCUGUGGCCGAAGCGGGUAAUAUAUAAAACUACUAAUCGAGCCUAACCAUAGGGUUUGGCCUGGACCAGUACUGCGAACUCAGUCGAAUUCUGCUGACGGGAUUCAUAUGCAGAUGGAAUAAUGAGCGGUGGCAAUAUAGAGUCAUUUUCAUUCUGGUGCUGUCAUAGUAGGAAAAGGCAAAAAACUCAGCUUAAAAGCUGUCUUCGCGUCGAAAAGCGUUGAGUGUGAUCUGCCCUGGUGCUUGACCUGGUGGUCUAGCAAGCCCAGUGCUGGAACCCCAAGUGCUAGUGUAGAAUAAUGAUCACGAUUUGAAUGUGUACAGUGUUAGAGAGGGCCCAGAGUGUGAAACGAGAAGCGAUAAAAAAAUUGAAAGUAGCUCUCAAAAAUUAAUUUAGCGCGAGUUGGCUUUUUGUGAAGUGGAGCAAUUAUUCUGAAUAAAAUAUGUGGAAACACGGCUGCUGUCAGCAGACGAUGCUAAGUGCGGCUGCACUGGUGACGAUGGCGAUGCUGCUGGUUCGCACCUCGCGGGCGCAGAUAGAUUGGGCCGAGGAUGACGAUGACCCAGUAUCGACGACGACGGUGGAAGCUGUGCUCGGUCGGACGGCAACGCUUCCUUGUGACAUUACACCGGACGAGGCAAACGAUCGUGUCUACAUGGUGCUGUGGUUCCGAGAGAGUGCCGGAAAGCCUCUGUACAGCUAUGACGUUCGAGGGAGACAAUACGCGAAAGCGCUCUAUUGGUCGGAGACCGCUGCGUUUGGACCACGGGCGUAUUUCGUGACGGUGUCGAAACCGGCGGCGCUCACCGUGGACAACAUCCAGCUGGACGACGAAGGGGUCUACCGAUGCCGGGUGGAUUUCCAGAACUCGCCUACGCGAAAUCACCGGAUAAAUUUGACGGUAACAGUUCCACCGCAUCAGAUUCUAGUCUACGAUGCGUCCGGCCGAGACGUUGCCGGUGCCAUAGGGCCUCUACAGGAAGAUGACAAUCUGGUCCUUACGUGCGAAGUUAGGGGAGGUCGUCCGGAACCAACCGUAACGUGGAUGAAUGGCGAGGAGGUGAUGCAAACAGGUGGCGGCGUUUCGAUGGGUCGACAUGUGACUGUGAAUCGGCUGGAGAUCCACAAAAUAACGCGUGCUGCACUGAACAACACAUACAAGUGUCAAGCGUCCAACACGAUUCUGGUACCUCCGGCGGAACGGAGCGUCCGAGUGGAGAUGCUACUGAAACCAGUAGCAACGUCCCUGUCGGCCAAACCUAAACAAUUAAUAUCGGACCAGGAGUACAGCUUAUCCUGUGAUGUGGAAGGAUCAGUUCCGGACACCGAGAUUAGGUGGAUGCAAAACAACCGUCCUUUCGCCAAAGGAAAAAUACGAACGGUAACCAACAGCUCGACAUCCACGUCGGUACUGUCCUUUCGACCACAACCGGAGGAUGAUGGAACUAUCCUUAAGUGCGAGGGUUCCAACCCGAGGCUGCAAAACUCUGUCUUGGAGGAUUCCAUCAUCAUGAAUGUGAUGUAUCCACCGCAAGUAACGCUGUCCCUCGGAUCAACGCUUAAUCCGGACGACAUUAAGGAGGGUGAUGACGUUUACUUCGAAUGUCACAUUAAGGCAAAUCCCAGGGAGCAUCGUAUUACAUGGUCACAUGAUGGUUUACCAGUGACACAGAAUGUGACAUCGGGGGUGAUUAUUUCGACGCGUUCGCUGGUAUUGCAACGAGUGGGCCGAUACCAUUCCGGAGUGUACGCCUGCUCUGCCGCCAACGAUCGGGGUGAGACACAAAGUGAGCCGGUAUUGCUUAGGAUUCACUUUGCGCCGGUUUGCGCCUCCAGCAGUAUCAUGAUUGUCGGUGCAUCACUGGACGAAACAGUCCCCGUGCCGUGUCAUGUAGUGGCCGACCCGCUGGACGUUUCGUUCGACUGGAACUUUUCCAACAGUGGCGAACGCUUCGAGGUAACCAGCGGUCAGUUCAAUCUGCUGCAGGACUUCCAUUCAUCGGAUGGAGCCCCGGCCAGUAUAUCACAGCUGUACGACGGACUGGAAGAAAGCUCAGAAACCAUCUAUGAGUUGCCGUACACCCCCAAAAGUGAAAGAGAUUAUGGAACGCUUGCUUGCUGGGGAAAAAAUUCAAUCGGAAAACAGUUGGAGCCAUGCCUUUUCCAAGUGGUCCCCGCAGCAAAACCUGCGCCUCUACGUAAUUGCACCCUACGUCCCUAUUCCACUUUGCUGGCAAGUCACAGCGCUACAUCCAAUUCAUCUGCAGCGUCAGCGUCUUCAUCUUCGUCGUCGUCCUACUACGGAUCGCCAUCGUUAGGCGAAGCAGAAACAGCCGCAGCCUCUGGGUUUUCGUCUUCGUCGUCAGUGUCGUUACCAUCGGCAUCUAAUGGUGCCACCAUAGGUCAGCAUUAUCGAGAAUCUAAUUAUUUCAGCACACAAUUCGUUAAAGAUCGGAACGUGUCAAACAAGCGAACGAAUAUUACAAAAUUUAAUCAGAAAAGUACGUCUCAUGCCGGUGGCAACGAUGCGCUAUCAAGAAGGCGGGAACAGAUCAAACAGAAAAAUGCUACCAAAAAUGCCGGCGGUGGCAGUAGUAGCCGGGCAGGAGUGGGAACGGGUGUUAGCCACGGAAGAAUUAGUGCAGCUAGUCAUAAUGUGGGAUUAACCUCCGACGAGGCAAUAGCUGAUACAGACGAGGGCGUUGACGGUGGGGAGCCACGGGGGGCAGCCCAAAUAUCAACAUCGUUCGCAACAUCCGCUUCGCAAUCGGCUGCCUCCUCGUCGGUGUGGCCGGCUUCUUUGAAGGCUCCGGCUCCGAUGGGGGCCAGUACAGAAAACAAGAGAAAAAUCAUUUUGAAUACCGAAAUAUCUAAUAGUGGCAAGAAUUUGCUCAACACCAUAACACAAGUAGGUGAAAGCUUCUAUUCCACCAGCGCCGGCAAACCGGGGCAAUCAAACAGUUCACCGAUAGAUGCUAAUCACAGACUGAUGAAAAGAGAGAAACGUUCUAAUGAAAAUUUGGGAAAUGAAAUAAAUAAAACACAUUUCGAUGAUGGCGAUGAUGAUGAAAUUUUCAAUAGCACUAGCCCCAGCAGUACGGACGAGAAUGACGUUAGAACUAUCGGUUCCGGUGUCGGCAGUAGCAGCACCAGUAGUUCCGGCAGUAGUAGCAGCCAUGCUGCUGGCCCGAACCGUAGAAACGAUAAUUAUCAUAGCACGGAAUGGGAUGUACCGACUGCAGCGAAAUUGAGAUCGAACAAUAUUCGCUUCUAUCGGUAUCACUCGAUGGACGGUGCAGCCGCAGGAGCAGGAGCUGAAACCAGAAGCACCGAUGCAGGUGCUUCCAGGUACAACCCGGGUACCAGUAUACAUUCGUUUAGCCAUUAUAUGGAGAGCGUCGAGGUGCCGACGACGAUGGAGCUGGAAUGUGUGGCAGGAUAUGACGGUGGUUUGCCGCAGCAUUUUUUUCUCGAAGCCUACGACUCGAGAACUAGAAAGCUUCGGCUGAACAUCACAAGUGCACUUAACGAUGUUCCUCUGUUUCGCAUUGAUUUGUCAGAGCUAAUCCCUAGCGAUUCAUUUGCGCCAACUCUUCACCUGAUCGCCUACAGUGUAAAUCAGAAGGGACGUUCGGAACCGACGAUUCUCGAGGACAUAGCGAUUAAUGAAGCAGAAAAAAGGACAGACGGCAGCGAUGGGUUUUCAAUUCUACCGCUUGCGGCAUUACUGACCGGUGCAUUGUUCACUAUUGGGAUUGCUGUCCUGCUGGUGGUGGUUCUGGCGAUACGAAGGAAACGCGACGGCCACGGAACCGGGUUGUGCGAUGGCAAGGAGAAACAUAUGGCAGGCAUGGAUAUCACCGUGACCACACCGCUCGAGAUGGGCAUGGGUCAGCAGAAGUACGUGGUCGCCUACACGCUCAAACAGGGCGUCGAAAAGCAGCCAGACAUACUGAGCGCACAGAAAACGCAAGGCUCGACUAGCAUGCAAUCGAUAAAGGAUAUCCAGAAGAUGGGUUCCCCGGUGGGAAUAAGACCGGAUGCACUAUGCAGUGGAGGUGGAGGUGGCACAAGCAUGGGAGCAAAACAAAGCACAAUUUAUGCCACACAAAGCUAUGACCAAAAAUCGACACCUUCCAGCCGACAGAGCACAUUAAAACGGAACGAUACUUCCAACACGUACAGUUUGUUACAGCAGCAGCAACAACCACAUCAUCUCCAGAGUAAACCUCCGCCCUCGGCCACGGUCGGUCUACCGCAGUAUUCCACUAGCUACGCCUCAGGUGGCAGUGACCUGCUGGAUUACGAGAAACCGUACAGCUAUUCCACCCUUCAGUACAAUCACAGCUCUCCACCCCUGGUGGAUCCUUACAGCUACAAAAGCUCUCCUACUGAGCCAACCGAUCGGUUGGACUACGACAAAAACCUUGACUAUAGACUGCUUAACAUAUCGAACGAAAUAAAAAAUAACUCUGCCACCAAUCAUAUCGAAUAUAGAAAUAAUAGCAACCACCUUAGCAGUAAUCACAAUCACCAUUCCGCUCUUGGUGGUGGCAGCACCGAUAGCAAACCGCAAACAGUGAAUGCAUCUGGAAGCAGCGGCGGCAAUCCGGAGUACCGAUAUUCCGGUUCGGAGUUUGCCACCGAUCUGAUGGACUUCAGCAGUGUCCCGUCGCCGUCGUCGUCCUCCACUGUGGGUGCGACGCUCUCCAAAGCCCGGAAUCGGCAGCACAUAAUCACCGAUACACUGCCGGGACCGGAAAGUUGCGUGUAGAAUUAUCGUGUAGACUACUUUUAGCAUGUACAGUAGAGUCCAGAUUUUGGUAACCGAUUUCGGUCGGUCGUCUUUUUCGAGCGUCACCAUGCCAGCACGCAGCAAUCGUUUCGGGUGGGAAGUGUGUCCAUGUGUAUGUGCUUUCUGAAAUAGAAUUGGAUAUAAUGACAAAGCACAUAAAUAGCAGUAUUUAACCAAGUUAUGAUUUUUAAAGUUGUGAUUUUUGUUUCCAUAUUUUUAUCAGAACGAAAAAAAUAUACUUGCAUGAAUCACAAAUCUGAAAUGAACAAAUACCGCUUCAUUAAAAAAUGCGAUUAAUUUGCUGAACGCGUACGCGUUGUACUUUAGGGAAAACAAAAAUCCGGUGGAAUUGCAGAUAACAGAAUGGGUUGCCUCUAAAAACAAUACGUAAAGAUAUUUAUAAUAUCUGCUCGUGCUCUUUUGGUUUCUGGAGAAAACAUUUUCUUUUUCGUACAUUGUUGUGUUCAAUUUUCUUCUAACUUCUAACGUUUGGUCAAAUGCAAAUGAUGCAUAUCACAGUUCGCUGACAGAUCCUAAACGACAAAUUAAAUCAAUCAAAUAAAAAGAUGUUAUUUUUACCAGGGACUCAGAAAUCCAGUCCGGUAUUAGACUUUAUAUGAAACGCACAACAGUACUGGGAUUUGUUUUCCAGAUUUCAGAGAGUUUCAGUCGAAGAACCUAUAUGUACCUUGAUACCCUGAUGGCUUCAGCGUGUCUUCACCCCAAUGCCGGGCGUGUUGCAGAGCACCAUCUUCGUCGGUCUUGGGCGAUACUUCUACAGUUCCCCCGAACGUUCAGGGCUCCCAGGUCCUCUUCCAUUACAUACAGUCAGCAUGCUCGUGGCCUUCCACGAAGCCGCUAACCACUCCCUGGUUCCCUAGUGAACACUAUUUUUUCUAUGCUUUCCGGUUCACCUCUUUCAACGUCCGUAUAGGGCCACUGGAAUUAUCAGCGUUUUAUACAACGCGAAUUUCGUAGACGUUUGCAUGUUGAGGGACCUGAACUGGUUACACAGUCCGCAAAAGACCCUAUUCGCUGCUGCAAUCUGUCUUUUCACUUCACGAAAAACAUCGUUGUCACAUGCCACAAGUGCUUCAAGAUAAACAUAUUCUUCAACAACUUCAAAAACUUCCCCAUCAAUCACUACCUCAACACUAAUACCGCUAGACCUGCCUCUGUCUCUACCCGUUGUACUUCGUCUUGAUAGAGUUAAUGGUCAAGCCUAUCCUCACCGUCUCCCUCUUCAGAGGCACAAAAGCUUCCUUCACUGCCCUACGAUCGAAUCCCAUGAUAUCUAAAUCGUUCGCAAAGCCAAGAAGAAUAUGCAACCGUGUGCCGUUCCUCUGCACACCAGAUCUCCUAAUCUUAUCUUCGAGUGCAAUGUUAAACAGUAAAUUCGGCAAUCCAUCUAAGGUCACAAACGAAGUUGACUCUUCGUCUGCAAUUCGAACACUUGAUUUCGAGCUCCCCAGCGUUGCACGUAUCAGCCUAAUCAGUAUCGCUGGAGCAUUAGCUGCCACAACUUAUUUCUUUCUACCAAAUUGUACGCUGUUUUUAAUUCAAAAAACAGGUGGUGAGUCUGCAAGUUAUACUCCCGGAAUUCAUCUAGGAUCGUCCGCAGGGUAAACAUCUGAUCCGUCGUUUAUCGGCUUUCACAACAAUCAGCCUAGUACUCGCCGAAGAAGGACUCCUCAAGCGGUCUCAGUCUGUUGAACAGGAUACGCGACAGUAUUUUGUACGCCGAGUUCAAAAGUGUGAUCCCUCUGUAGUUGGCGUACUCUAGUCUGAACCCUUUCUUGUGGACUGGGCAUACGAGGUCAUCCACAAACUGGUAGGCAGUUCUUUCUCCUGUCAUAUGCUUAUUACAACAUCAUGGAUAAAUCAAGGUAGUGCAAACUUCCGUGUUCGACCGGGAUCUCGUCCUUCCUUUAUCAUUCUUCAGCUAGCUCAGAGCCUUCUUAAUCUCAUCCAGUGUUGGUUGUUUCACAGCGUUACACCUCCAUUAUCACCAUUCAACAAAUCUUCAAAACGCUCCUUCCACCUGGCUGCCACUAUUGUUUUGCCUGUCAACAAAUUUGGACGGACACUGGUGCAGUCUUAUGCAGCGCUCCAUUGACAGUUGCAUAUAACUUCCGGUCAUCAUUUUGAUCCAUUCUUUUUUGUGCUUCAGCUAUCAUACUCUCUCCGUGCUGCCUUUUCUUCUUGCGGUGGAUACGUUUCUCUUUCACCCUUGUUACCCUGUACCGUUCUCUGGUUAGUCGAGAGCCAGACAAUAACUUCCAGCAUCUGGCAGCAUUUUUCUCGUACGUCACUCGCUGGCACUCUUCAUCAAACCAGCCAUUUUGUUGGUGUCGCUGAGCAGUUGCCACAGUUUCAUGGAUAGACUCCCAUAACUGUUGCUGUUGCCAGAUAAGUUGAAUCCGCUUGAUACUGCCCUGCAUUUUUUGCAAAAGGUGAUCAAUGUCGAUCGAUGUUAUGACACGGUAGUUGCUGCACUAUAGACGAUCGCCCUAUUUGUAGAUGGAACAUACAACUCCUUUCAUCCAUUCUUACGGAAGUCUCUCUCCCAAAGCCUGGGAAUUGCCAUGUAGAGUAGUGUUGACAGUGCCUCUUUACCGUGUUCAUAGAGCUUUGCCGGUAGUCUGUCAUUACCUGUGGCUCUAUUGUCCUUAAGUGACCCAAUAUUUUCUUUAGUUUCCAGAGUACCGGUAACUUGGUCACGGCUAUCGUUUGUCGGCACUCCAAGGUUAACUUUUCUUCCGCUCCGUUAUUUUGGUACUCAACGAUGAACUCUUCCCACAUGUCGACAAUCUCGCGAUCGCCUUCGAUUAGGUUUAUCUAUACGUUUCCACGCAUAUCUGGACUCAGUAUGUAGCCUUUAGGGGUUGGUAUAUCUUCUUAAACACUUUUUGCGUGUAGGAUUGAGGUUACCUUACCUAGUGCCGCGGUUGCUGGCCAGCGAUGGUAACGUGGUCAAUUUGGUUAGUUGUUUAGUGGCCAAGUGAUCUCCAGGUAGCUUAGUGAUACUUCUUAUCACCACGCCUGAGGAUGUUGCGAAGUUGAUGUAUCGUAGGCCGUUGUGAUCUUUUGUGAUGUGUGUCUGUUAGGUAAUAUCACUGGUCUAUACAUCACUUCCCUACCAACCUGGGCGUUCAUAUCUCGAAAUAACGUCCCGUGGUGAGCAGCUGUUGUAUAUUACCUCCAACUGCCCUUAGAACGAUUCCUUCUCGUAACCAGGUCUAAUAUCGUACGGGCAGUGUACGUAGAUGACGCUGUAGUUGAAGGAAUAUUCUUUAAUCCUCAGUAAAUACUUCCUCUCGCUGAUCGCCUUCCAAAUGAUAAUGCGAUCCUGCAUUCUAACUUUUACAGAAAAAUACGUUCUCAACUCGUUUGUUGCUUCACUGAUCUAAUAAAGCCAAACCUAACCACCGCGGAUUUUUAACACCUUCUCUCUCGUUUGAGGGGUUCUCACUGCUCGAGCAGAACCCUGUCUCCGCCUACAAAUUGUAGCUCCAGGCACCAAGCUUUCACUCGUGAUUCAUAUCUUGUUACCUAGGUCUAUGCCGAGUAUUUCGAGAUAUAUUUUCUAGAUUGUUCGUAGUGUAAUUAUUUAGGCAGGUUGUCUCACUAGGGCCGCGCUACCAAGUCUCGAGACGGGGCUGCAAUUUUGAAUAUGGCGUCCGAGACAACACGGUAAUUAAUUCAUUUGCCCGCUGCGGGUCAAACGUUGUCGGGAGCCGCCCAUAACCUAGAAAAAAGACGCUCAAGACGGCUAGGUUUUUCUUCCAGGAGGUCAGUCUCCCUUCCCCUUCUUCGCUAGAACUAAUCAGGUUAAUGGAAUCAAAUUUGAUAUGUGGUUGUUUUUGGGAACAAGUUAUGUUUUAAAGAUGACAUGACACCCUCACCUACUCUGGAGGAAGGGCUUAACAUACAAAUUAAAACCAAAUGUUUAGGAGCUACAAAAGAUUCAUGGUAGUUCGACACUCUUCUCUACUUUGGAAGGGAAGGAGGGGUGCUAUACAAUUUUUUGCUUAAUUCUAGAAUCUAUGGGGGUUCUUCACCCCACCCUCUUCAGGAUGGAGGGCCUUCAUUCAAAUGAAGCACAAAUUUUCACACAACUCAUGAAUUAAUCAAGUCAUUGGAACCAAGUUUGGAAAGUGAGGAUUUUAGAGUACGAAAAACGUUUUAAUGAUGGUUUGACAUUCCUUCCGAUUUAACACAGCAGGGAGUCCCACACAAAUGAAACUCAUAUUUCAAUCGGGAUUGAUGCACAGAAGCCAAAAAUCGACCCCAGACACCUUUUUAUAAUUCUGGUUUCUGGAAAACAGUCCAAAAUGGCCGAAUUGGGUUUUUCUGGAACCUGAAUGAUACCCAUACGGCCUAAAAUGAUCAAAUAACAUUCAGAAUUAGUAUUUACAAAACUAGAAUGAUACCUAGAGGUGGAUAAUCGGUCCCACACUCCGUUCGCAUCCCGAAAUGGCGACAUCCGCUCUCUGAGAAACAACGAAAAACAACCGAAUACCACCAAAUACAGGUAUUUCCGUAAUCGGGAUGAUGCACAGAAGUUUAAAGUUGACCCCGGACUUCGUUUUAAAUUAUAAGAUGACGAUUUUCGGUUUCUGGAAAACAGACCAAAAUGACCGAUACCACCUAAUUUGAUUGUUUUCGUAAUCGGGAUGAUGCAGAGAAACCGAAAAUUAACUUCAGAUGUCAUGUUGAAUCUUUUCAAGGCCACCAUAUUGUUUUAAGAGAGUUAUUUUAUUUAGAUAAAAGUUAGCGACAUAAAAAUAUUGAUACCAAAUACGCUAACACAAUAAAGGGACUUUACAAUAAGAGUAUUACGAAAGUACUCUCUUGACAUUUCUCUUUAGUAAGGUUUGUCAUUUCAUAAUGGAAAGAUACACGAUCCAACAACGAGUCAAGAUUAUUAAAUUUUAUUAUCGAAAUUCGGAGUCUCAGCAUAAACAACAUUUUUGUGGAGUAAUCUAUUUCUAACGUUAUUCUCAAACUGAGUUGGGAAUCUGAUAGCCAUAGGCGGAUCAAAAAUUAACCAGGAUUCAAAACUGCAGAGAGGGUGAUCUUAAUUAAAUUGUUUUUAGAAUAGUUUUUACAACAUAUUUUAUCUUGGAAUCAUCAGAAUGAAAUAUUCGUUUACAACAGCCCAUAUCCUCGUCUUUUCCGCUUUACCAAUUAUUUCCUUUUCAAAUUAAAAACUUAAAACCAUUUCUCGUUAAGAAAGAUUGUAUCUACACUGAUUUACCCUGCGUCCACUUGACGUAAAACAUUGCAGCGUGUUGCGCGUGCUGGUUUGCUUCAGGAAACGGAUGAAAACAAUUACAAAACAAUUGUGUUACGUUUCGUCGAUUAUUAUCACUAAGCGAUUGUUUCCCGCCGCGGCGAAGCGAUUCGCAGUUUCUAAUUUACUGUUAUGUAGCAUUACAAAGUUAGGCAGUAAUAAUUAUCUGGGAUACGUGAUCAAUUUGAUUUCCGAUUUCAUCCGUUGGGUAGAAUUACAGCGGGAAAAACAAAUCUUCCGUUAGCCUCACGAUGUGAUUCUGCUUUGAUUAGAGGUAAGAAAUACAGAAGAUAGGAAAACAAAACUAGCAAAUCAUCGUAGUUUCCAUGAGCAAAAUUCAACAGUCAGAACGAUUAUUUGCAAAUAAAAAAACAAGUUCCGAGUCAUCACCAAAAGGCGAAUAUUACAAAGUACAUGCAAGAUACCUCCUCGAUUGUAUAGGAAGCGAUCAUAUCUGGAAAGCGCAAAAAGUCUUCCACAGCAAUAACGUAGUAAAUUGGAAACGAACAAUGAAACCUUGUAGAACGCAAUCCAGUUUUAAUGUUCCCGAGAUAUAUUAGACAGGAACGCGAACGCAGAGUAGAACAGUAGUUGCAGAUAUGACCAGCCACUAAAUCGCGAAAUCGGUCCAACCAAUCGAAGGCAAAAUGUGUUAUUAAUAUUUGUGUAUGGAAUGUAGCAUUUUUAUUGUCUUACAUGAAAAAAAAAAACAUCAAUUGUAAUUACGUAUAAAAAUACAACUAAUUCAUGCGGCAUCAAUUACUUCGAAUAUGUUUCAGGAUUUAUUGAAUGAAAUUGCCAAUUGCUGCCAGCUAUAAGAUUGAAAAGAAUUUUCUAUAGUUCAGAAACAAAUAUUGAAAUGUAAUUAUUAACCGUGAUUGUAUCACUUGAGCAAAUAUCCGUCAAUUGACAAUACACUAAAACGGCGCUAAAAUAUUUUUAUCAUAUCAAAACCAAAUUUGAAUCAUAUCAAUUUUCAGUUUGAAACAACUUUGCCAUACACCCGUUUUCGUUGAAGUACUUGAACUGAAUUCUGUGCAGAGAUAUCCCUAUUCACUUGUUAUAGCAAAAAUCGUACGUUAGUUAAAAUAGUUGUUGUACAUAAAAGAAUGGUUUUGUAUUUCGUAAGUAGCAAAAUGUAAUCUUGCGAUUCCAGAUGCAACUCCGUUUACCCAAAGCCUGUACAUAUCCUGAAGAGUUUCAGCUGAAUCGAUAUACACCCCGAUAAAUUAGUAACAAUUUGUGUAAAAAAAUGUACAAAUUACGUAAUCUGAAAAGAACCAGCGAUCGAACCGGACAAGGACAACUCAACUAGAGAGUGUAAACCCUAUUACCAUAGCGAAUAAGAUGCAAACAAAAAAAACUUCACAAGCAGCAAACCGUUUGCGAUGUGAAACAUGUCAAUGUAAAUAGUUCAGUGAGCGCAGAAAGGUUACCGCUCAGCGCCAUGUGCUUCGGGACUGAGUUAUUAAACAUCGCUCGUAUAGCUGAAAUACAGAAAAUGAAAUGGUGUUUUUAUA